UAUCUGUCUUUACUUGGGGACACAGUUAUGACACCUGAUAGGAGUUAACGGGCAGAGAGGUAGAGAGACUAGGAAGGAAGAUAGACAGACAGAAAUCGACCUACGGCGAGAGAACAGGCUGGACAGAAAGAGGCACAGAGAGACCGACAGGCAGACAAAAGGAGGUACACAGAUACAAAGGGAGGAAGAGAGAGUGAUAGAGCAAAAGAGCGAGAGAGAGAGACAAAGAGAGAGAGAGAGAGAGAGAGACAGAGAAAGACAAAGAGAGAGCAAUAGAGCAAGAGAGCGAGAGAGAGACAAAGAGAGAGAGAGACAAAGAGAGAGCGAUAGAGCAAGAGAGCAAGAGAGAGAGACAAAGACAAAGAGAGACAAAGAGAGAGAGAGACAAAGAGAGAGAGAGAGAGAGAGAGAGAGAGAGAGAGAGAGAGAGAGAGAGAGAGAGAGAGAGAGAAAAGUAAGUCUGAAUCCUAGACUACAGGCAACCAGUGAAGGGACCAGGAGGUGUAACAAGGAGGCAGUUGUACGCCGUCUGCAGAGCUCUGAUUCGCAGGCUGGGUCACCCUCUACGGAGGAGCCUGGAAGUCAGUGAGAACCAGAUUUGGGCGGCGGUGCAGGAUAUGUCAGUGCACCAUGGAGGCCCACAGAGACAGACUCCAGAGUGUGUCCCUGAAGGUGUUGUCUCACUCCAUCGAGCGGAUCCUGAGGAGAGCACCGUGUCUAGAUGGGGAGGAGAGGGGGGGCGGAGGAGAGGAGGAGAGAGGGAGCAUGGCGGGAGAGACGGGGUCUGUGUGUGUGAAGACCACCGCUGAGCAACAGCCUAAAGUCAUAAGAUGCCCAGUGUCGCGGAGCGGCAGUCGGCGGGUACGAAGCACAUUCACCUCAGCCCAGCUCGAGGUGCUGGAGACGUUCUUCCAUGAGAGCCAAUACCCUGACAUACAUUCCAGAGAACUACUGGCCUCCCAAACACAGCUGUCAGAGGCACGAGUACAGAUAUGGUUCCAGAACCGCCGGGUCAAGUGGAGGAAGACUGGAGCUCUGGGAGAGAGCAGGGGAUUGGACGAACUCUCAGACACCGACCAACAGUCUGAGAGGGUGGUGCCGCUUCCUCCGCUGAUUGGAUCCCUCCAAACCAGGCCACACCCACUACGGCACAGGGUCUUCCUCUCCAGGCCACCCUACCAUCCCAUUGGUGUUUACCAGCACUUCCUGCCCAAGCUUCACCCAGCCCUGGUACCCUACUCUGACCCCUACCUGCUUCCCCUCCCAGCCCAGUCCUAGUUGACCCCAAUGACACACACCAUACCUGGACACACACUCAGCUGACAGACGCACACACCGGACGUCUUCUAUGUCAAGUAUGUCUGUCCCUGUACAUAUGUGUUUUCUGUAUGUAAAAUAAUUCUACUCAUACAGAAGUCUGCUAUUUUCCUUAAUUUCAUACAAAGUACCAUAACUAAAGGUCUUCAGUCUGAGCACUAAUAGCUGAAUCAGGUGUGUUUUUCUAGGGCUGGAAUGAAACACCCAGUAGCUCUCCAGGACCAGAGUGGGAGAGUUGGAGACACAUGUCCCAGACUGAUCCUGGGUUCUCUGGGAUUCUGAGAAACACUCUCUCAGUUAUCAUCAUCAGUCUUACGUCACUUCCAGAGGGCAGGCCAGGCGGUGUGUGUAGAGUCAACCAUAUAGUUCCUUGAAUCUGAGAAGUCCUCUCAAAGGUUAAAGUAGUUCCUGUGAUAUGAUUAACAGGGCAACGUUCUCGAGUUUUUAAACAAUGAAUAGUUAUGGGUGACGAUUGCCAAGGAAACCAUUAUAUAUUCUCAUUAUGUAUUUAUAGUAGAAACUCAAUAAAUUACAUGUAGCCCACACAUACAGUGCCAGGGUUUGAGAGAGAAAGAGAGAGAGAGAAAUGAAGAUAGAAAGAGGGUUAUUUCAGACGAUACAUGGCCUAUAAAAGGGAUAGUAUGUUGAGAUUUCAGAUUAUUAUUCAAUUGUUUUAUUCCACUUUAUAUGGUACAUUAAUGGUACUACCUUAUCUUAACUCACCUGGGGUGAAUCUGAGGGUGGGGCAACUGUACAGUCAUCAUCUGAGACAGACACACAACCAGGUGUAGAGUCAUCACAAAUGUGUAAGAUGGUUAAAUGUUUCAGUGUUGCAGAUAGAAAUAUAGUAGAUCGAUAGCUCUCAAUAGAGCUCUUAAAUUAAAUCUCUGAGAAUUAUGUUUUUAACUGCAAAGUUCUGGAAAUAUCAUCCCUGUCACGCCCUGACCGUAGAUUGCUUUGUAUGUUUCUAUUUUUAGUUUGGUCAGGGUGUGAUGUGGGUGGGUAUUCUAUGUUGUAGGUCUAGGUUUUCGUUUUCUAUGUGUUUGGCCUGGUAUGGUUCUCAAUCAGAGGCAUCUGUCUAUCGUUGUCUCUGUUUGAGAGCCAUACUUAGGUAGCCUGUUUUCCCAUUUUGAGUUGUGGAUGAUUAUUGUCUGGUUAGUGUUUGUUGCACCUGUCAGAACUGUUCGGUUAUCGUUUUGUUGUUUUUGUUCAUGUAUUCAUUCUGGAUUAAAAGUAUUAUGGACACGUA